UCUGUCUGUCUAGUCCAAGCCGCUCUCGAGUCGAGUCUAAACCAGCAUCCUUCCUUCCCAAGCCGGCGACUGCGAGCCCGAUCUCGAUCCCCAUGGCGGCCGCCGCGCUCUCCUCCUCGCGGCGAGGCCUCCACACCCUCCACCGCCACCUCCUCCUCCGCCCCUCCACCUCUCCCUCCCCGGCCGCCGCCCGCCGCCCUCCCCCCACUCCAAUCCCCCGCCACUUCCCUUCCCCCUCCCGCUUCUUCACCACCGCGCGUCCCGAGGCGAGGCUGCCCCGGCCCACCCUCCUCGCCCCGCAGCACCACAAGGCGAUGCAGCGUCUCAUCGGCGGGGCCAGGCAGUUCGCGAGCGGCGGCGCCGGUCGCUCCACGAAGCCGGUGCCGCUCGGGCAGGGGCUGAACCGGCCGGUGGUGGCCGCCAAGAACGCCGCCGCGCGCUACCGGGAGGCCGUGGGGCUGCAGGUGGAGGCCUUCUGGCGCCGCAACUACAUGCUGCUCGUCGGCGCGGGCGGGGUCGUCGUCUGCAUCGCGCUCUGGCGGGUCAUGUUCGGCAUCGCCAGCACCUUCGUCGGCCUCUCCGAGGGCAUGGCCAAGUACGGAUUCCUCGCCCUCGCCACCGCCAUGGUCGCCUUCGCUGGUAUGUACGCACGCGCAAGGAUCACCAUAAAUCCUGACAAGGUUUACAGGAUUGCGAUGACAAAGCUCAAUACAUCUGCUGCAAUUCUUGAAGUCAUGGGUGCGCCCUUAGCUGGCACUGACGUUAGAGCAUAUGUUAUGUCUGGUGGAGGCCCUAAACUAAAGGACUUCAAAUUGAAGGUUGGCGGCAAGCGAUGCUUUCUUAUCUUCCCUAUCAAAGGAUCAGAAAGAAAGGGUCUUGUAAGUGUUGAAGUCAAGAAGAAAAAAGGACAGUAUGACAUGAAGCUACUUGCUGUUGACAUCCCAAUGGCGUCAGGACCUGAUCAGCGGCUAUUCCUUGUCGGUGACGAGCAGGAGUACAAGGUGGGUGGGGGCUUGAUAUCUGAGCUGCGGGAUCCAAUAGUAAAGGCUAUGGCUGCAGAGAAGGAGUUUGAUUAUCUCGAUGAAAGAGAGGACGCAGAGGAUGAACGCAGGGAGCGAGAGGAGGCCGAGGAGGAGGAAGCCGAAGCGUUGAGGCGAGAGGAGGAUAGACUGCGUGAGGAGGCUAAGGAGAGGCAGCGGCGAGAAGCUGAGAAUCUGGAGAAAGCCAGCUGAUGCAGCUAACUAAAAUCCCUUUCUUCUUGGUGAUGUGCAUUUUUUUCACUCUACCUCCUGACUUUACAAUGUGUAGCGAUCAGUGUUUCCGCGGCGACGAGAGAUUGCGUCCGAAUUUCAGAGAGGCAGUUUUACCUUGGCCGUCUCACAGCGUGUCGAUAAAGUAAUAAAUUUUGGCUGCUCCUCAAAUGAUUUACUUGGCAGCCCAGUGUAAUUUAGUGGCUGCAUGGAUCAUGGCUGGCCUUCUCUUUUUUACUGCUGAUACGACGCACUUUCAGGUGCUUUGAGCCAAUGUGCUGUACGCCUGUACUACUAUGCUCUUGUCGCAUUAUGCACCACUUGGUUCUUUGGUUUGAUA